AUGGAGCCCGUCGACGACGUUCCGAGAGGCUACAGGUUCCUUCCCACGGCGGAGGAACUGGUUGACUACCUCGCCGACUGGGUCGCCGGCACACGCCUCACUGGCCGCGCUGUCGAAUUCGCCGACGUCUACGGCACAGAGCCGUGGAAUCUUCUCGUCGGCGAUCGGCAGGAGGGCUAUUUCUUUACGGAGCGCAAGCCCAAGAACAGCAGUGGCUCGCGCGUGGAUCGAAAGGCCGGCAGCGGUUCUUGGAUUCUGUACAAAAAGCAAGAACUCAAGUCCAUCGUCGACGGGCGCAAGAUGGUGGUAGGGCGAAGGAGCUGCCUUUCUUUCAAGAAAGGCCAAGGCCAGCGGAAGAACUCCGGGUGGACGAUGUACGAGUAUGCGAUGUGUUCUUCCGACUUCCAGAAACAAGUUCUCUGUCACAUAAAGAAGAGCUCACAGAGCUCGCAUCAGGCCUCCGGCGGCACCUCCAUCGAAACAGUCGGAGAUGAGUCCACGUUACCACCUCCAACCGCGGUAGUGCAAAAUCCCUUAUUGGCUUCUGGUGUGGCAUCCCGGAAUAGGAAUCUUUCCUUCGUCGACUCUCCUGCAUCUAAUGAAGCCCCCUCUGCAAAAAUCCCAGCCUCAUCGUCGUCGGUCGAUCAUGGCGAUGAGCAGAUGUUCUCUCCCAUCCAUCACUUAAUCAAGAGCCUGCGAGAGUCCAUGACGGACGAUGACAACCCCGAAAGAACUGCAAACCUCAUUGAUGUCUUAUCGCACCGGCAUUGA